CUUCCCCUUUCCGUCUUGCGCUUCUGAUUUAUUUUUAAUCCUCCAAAGUUUGAUCAGGAAUAACACGCUUUGUUCUUUUCCAUUCAGCAGGAUGCCUUGAGACCAAGUCCAGCAUCUGGCUGCGGAUUUUUAAAAUUGCCUUUUCGUGAGUGGAUUUUCUUUUUUCUGUAUCUCUGCCGGCCCCCCUCACCGCCUCGCACCUUUUCUUCCUGCUGCUGAUCGCCGUUCCGACUGGUGGGGUGCACGGGGGGCCGUCGCCCUCCCGUUUUCCGCUCCCCCUGCCCAGAUGCUGGGCUUAAUUUAAGGCGCACCAUGGGAGACUUGAAGUCGGGUUUUGAGGAGGUGGAUGGCGUACGCCUGGGCUACCUGGUGAUCCGGGGCAAGCAGAUGUUCGCCCUCUCGCAGGUCUUCACGGAUCUCCUGAAGAACAUCCCGCGCACGACGGUGCACAAGCGUAUGGACCACCUGAAAGUCCAGAAGCACCACUGCGACCUGGAGGAACUGCGGAAGCUCAAGUCCAUCAACUCCAUCGCUUUCCACGCCGCCAAAUGCACCCUUAUCUCCCGCGAGGACGUGGAGGCGCUUUACACCUCGUGCAAGACCGAACGGGUCCUGAGAACCAAGCGCCGGGGAGGCGCCAGGCCGGGCCAGGACGCCCUGAGCCCCGACCCCUACGCGGCCUUCUGGAAAGACGGCGGCAAACUUUGGCUGGGCUUGAAUGGGGGGGCUGCAAGCCUGGCCAGCAGCAGGAAGAAAGCAGCCUGGCGCACGGCGGCGGCCCAAGCAGGAGCUUUCCUACCGGCCUCGGAUCUACCUCAUUUUUGGAGCAAAUCCACCGGGCGCAGUUUGCCGAGCUUGGCCCGAUCGCCCAGCAAAGGGUCUGUAAACUAUGAAACGGCCCCGCUCGGGCCCCGCUACGUCUCCCUGGCCACAGAGCCGCCUUGUUUUCGGAGCCUGCUCUGCUCCAAGCAUCCUCAUUACUACUACCACUCCUCGGCCGCCAUUGCCACUCAGCCAAAGCUCGCCGCGGCGGCGGCAGCCUCCCGAGGCAAAUCGCUGGGUCUGGGCUGCAGGACAAAGCGGAAAAAAAGCACCGAGAGGCGCUUCUCGGCGGGCUGCGGGCGGCGCGUGGUGAUCCUGCCCCGAGCUUGCAAAGCAGCCGGGGGCGCCGUGGCGGAGAGGCUGCCCGGACUGAGCGGUUUCCUGGCCCCGCAGCCCGCCCAGGCUUUCCCAGAGCCCUACAGCAGCGACUCGGAAUCCAGCUCCUAUUCGGAUCACGCAGCCAACGACUCCGACUUCUGCUCCAGCCUGACCAGCACCAGCAAUUCCGGUUCCUCGGAGGAAGAAGAGGAGGAAGGCAGCUGCGCCUCGGAUUCCAGUGAACUGAGCUCGGACGAGGAAGAGCAGGAAGAGGAGGAGGAGGAAGAGGAGGAGGAGGAGGAGGAGGAAGAAGAGACCAGCUCGGAAUCCGACUCCAGCUCCGGGUCCAGCCAAGUCUCGGUCCAGAGUAUCCGCUUCAGGCGCACCAGCUUCUGCAAGUCGCCCAGCCUCCUGGCUUCGGCCGGCCUCGCGCACCACCCGCCCCAUGCGGCUGGCCACGAGGAGUUCCCUGGUCCAGCACAAGUCGUCAAAUGCGAAGCGUCGGAAGAACCGGAGGACUGGAGGACCCCGGCUGGCUGCGUUCCAAAAGCCGAGCCGGGCUUGGACUGCGCCGCUCAUCCUGCCGGCAGCGCGUGCUUAGGCGAGCUGGAGCAGUCCACAGCAGUAGGCAGCGGCGGCGGGGGAAGGUCCCCCUUGGCUGGCGAGGACCACUCCACCCCCGUGCCUGACGUAAAGUCUCCAGACCUGCCUGGGGUCCCCUGCUUAGCCUGCGGGGACCCCUCGCCUAGCUCAAAGCCAAACCGCCUUUUGCCCCAAGCAAGAUUUCUCGGAGAGGCCAAGGUCUGCCAGCCUGCCCUCGCAGUUCUCCCUCACCCUUCUCCUCUUUCUCCAGCCGGUGCAGAGAGCCCGACUGCUGCCCCAGCCCAUGUGUCCAGGGAGCCCCCAGGAAGUGCCCAGCUGGAUGGGCGACCAGCCCCCUGCCAGGACUGUUCCCAGGGAGCUGCUGUUGCUGCUGAAAGUCCCGAACCCCAAAGCCAUGCCCAGCCUCUGUCCCUUGUGCCCAUUGCCCAGAUCAAAGUUGAGGACAGCAGUGGUAAUGCCGAGUAUGGGGCCCUCCCAGUCCAGACUCCACUCAAAUGGGAAGGGAUUGAACAGGAGACCAAGGUGGAGGCCGACCAUCAGCCAUCCCCUCCGCCCAGCCCCACCCAGCAUCCUGGGGGCCUUCUGCUGCCAGCCAAGGCAGACCCCACCUGCCUGGAGGACCCUCCUAGCCCUCCCAUGAGCCCCCCACCUCCUGCGCCUCGGAGCCAGGCCCUCGUUGCAUGCACUUUAGGCGUUGCUUCUGCUGCCAAACCUGAGGAUGGGGAUUACAAAUUUGGAGCCCGAGUGAGGAAGAACUACCGGACCUUGGUCCUGGGCAAACGAGCCAUCAUCCCAAGUCCAGCACCACUCAAGCCAAAUCUGAAAUCUGUACGCAGCCCCCGGCCACCCCCGGGAAAACUCCUGGAGACCCAGGAAGGCACCUUGGAAGACUUGACUGUUCUUAAUCGACGCAAGAGGGUGGCCAGCAACGUGGCCUCUACCAUCAAGAGGCCGUUCAGUUUCCUGGGCAACUUUCCCUGCCCUCCCUCCUUAGUGGUUGGCCUGGACGGGGAUCUCUUGCCAGCCUAUACCUUAAACACUGCCAAGGGUGCCCAACCACCGCCCAAGGCCCAUCCUGUCUGGAAGUGGCAGCUGGGUGGGUCAGCAAUACCUCUUCCACCCAGCCACAAAUUCAGGAAAUUUCAUUCAUGAAAGAGCUUGAAUGGGAACUCUACUUUUAUGGUUGUUGUGUGGAUGGCUUGGGUUUCUGGAUUCAUCCUGAUAAUAAUAGUAACAACUAAUAUUAUUAUUAUUUUGAUUCUCCCCCUUUCCCAGCACCUUCUUUUCAUUACAGUUGAGGGUCUCUACUCUGGAUUGUUUUUCUCCCAUCGCAUCUGCUUGUAUUUUAACUUUUGGAAUUCUAGGUUAUCCCUCCCAGUCACUUGGGG